AUGAUCAUAGACGUAAACAAAGCAAAAAGUGAACGGUUGCCGGUCAACUCAGUUAAAGACAACAGAGUCAAACUGGCAGGCCAGGAAAAAGAGGUCCAGCAUGGGGACUUGCCCCAGGAGAUUCACGUGAAUGGUGACACUGGUGAGAAUCACUUGGACUCCCCCACCAAUAACAAAAUGGUACGGGCUGAGCUGGAAUGGGUGGUACCCAUGUGUGUCCCCCUACCCAUUGAAGUUCUCAACCCUGACCAGGCUUUUCCCUUCCUGAAUGCCACACUCGCUGACCUGGGCAUCGAAGAAUCGGCAGUAAAGGAGCGUGUAGUUUGGGUGGACACCAAGCGCACGCAGGUGAAGGGGAAGUCUGGGAAGCUGAAGGAGAAAGAGGUGACAGUUCUGGAGGUGCGUGUGAAAGCGCAGCACCCUGGAGAGCGUCAGAGUCAGGAGGUGCUCUACAGCACAGAGUCCCACACUGAUCGCUCCUUCUGCAGAAGCGGGGUGGACAUCCUGCCGUGGAGACACACACAGCCAGCUGAAAAUGAACUCCAGCCUGUGGAAAUGAUUCUGGCUUUAGACACAGUGUCAGAGUCCACGUCCAAAUGGCAGAAGACAGAACAGAAACAAGACUUUCCAAACGAGGAGUGACUGGAGAAAUCUGACAGCUAAGCUAAUGCAAUCUAAUGCCUCACAUGACACAGCGAUAUAUUGCAAUUUUAGAUUUUGGAUGUUUUAAACUGGUGCUUUAUAUAAAGUAUAGCAACUACUGGAGCAUUUCUGAAAUACUCAUGCCGUGCUGUGAUAUAAGGAUUUUGAUUUAUACUUCUUGCUUUGUGUGGCAUAUAUCUGAAGAUACAUAUCUCUCGCCCUAUUUUUGUAUUUUAGAAUAAUCUUGUCAUUUAAUCAGGGACAACUUUAACUACACAUACUGUAAUAUUAUCUAUAAAAUUUUAGAUUAAUCUAUAUUAUCUAUAUUUUGCUGACAUUAAGUGGAGACUGGGUUGUAAAAGUUGUAUAAACA